GCGCGGAGUGGUGUCUGAUGGCGGAGACUGUGCCCGUUAGAGGUGAUGUCCUGGCGGCUACUGCCCCGGAAUCUGCCGCAGUCCCCGCCGCCACCAAGAAGAAAGCCGCUUACCGGCCUCAGAAAGGUGGAGGAGGUGGCGCUACCACCGCGGCGGCUGAGCAGAUUCUGGAGGCGGUGGCCGCUGCCAAGGAGCGCCAGGCGCCGGCCAAGCUCGGCGGGUCUCUGAAGAAAACCAUCUCGGCCGCGGGUUACGAGCCGACGGAGAAGGGCGGCCCGGGUCGGCCCAACCCGCCGCUCGGUAGCACCUCGGCCAACAGGGGGGGCUCGGCGGCGGAAAGUGGGCCCGGGACCUCCGCAUCCACGUUGCAGUCGGAGCAGAGGCAGCAGCAGGUGGCGGAGGAAGGACGGGAGGAAGGAGAAGCUCAGGAUCGGCCCAAGCAAAGAGCAACCAAGAGAAAAGCGGCUCCCAAAAGGGCGGCGGCGGCCAAACGCACCAAGAAAGCGGCGGCCAAAAGCCCCCGGAAGGGGACGGCGGCCAAGGCCAGGAAAACCCCCAAGCGGGCGGCGGGGAAACGGGCGAUGACGGGGAAGAAGAGAAGGUAAAAGUGCUAGGAGCAGAGACAGAGCUCAACACAAAAAGGCUCUUUUCAGAGCCACUCAAGUAUUGUCACCAAAAAAAGCUACAGCCAGAAAAUUAAAACAAAUCAAUAGUUCGGAAAAGAAAAAACACUUUUGAGUCAUUCUGGACUCGAAAUGUUAACUUUUCUUUUUAGAUACUAGGCAGUUUCUCUUGAGGAUGUUACCUAUUUAUCCCAAUCAUGCCUGAACUAUCAUUCCCGUCGGCGAUCCGUUUUAUGAAGAUUGAACAAUUGUACAGGAACCGCAUCUAUAAAAUCCAGAAGAGUUCCCUGAUCCUCUUCCAUUCACUUUCCCAGAAAAACAAAAGCACACAUUUUGUAAAACUUUACCUUGAAAAGUUUGGUUUCCAACUUCGUGCAAUCUUUUGACUGUUUCCUUGUCAACAUCUCUGCAACAAGGGGAAGUACCCUCUCAGAAUCCAUCCUGACGAGACACCCAGAAUUACAGACGAUACUACAACUAAUGAAGCUGUAUUUUUUAUGUUUGAAGCUUUGCUUCUGGUUUUAAUUCCCAACAAGAUUUCUCAGUAUGCCUUUAAUCGCAGAUCAAACAAACUGUCUAUGCAGCGACUGGGUACCUAAGGGAAUUGACGCAAAAAGCAUAGAUGCAAUUAAGGGACACUUCGGGUAUAUAAGGAUUAAAAAAAGAACAGAAGGGUAGCAUGAUGGCUUGAGACUGGGAUAUGGGUGGGAGAGUGGCACUGGCUGGGCUCAAGGGCUUCGUUCUGUGCUUUUUAAUAACGCUAUACUAUAUUUACUUCAGUUUUCAUACGUCAACAGCAAAAUCAUCAAGCUCAACGAGAAUCUAUCAAUGUAUUGGAAGUUAAAUCCAGUGUAUUUCAAAUUGAGACUCUAACUGCAUUAAGAUCAUCGUAUCAUCCUUGAAAUUGGUCAAUUUGUAAAAUUUUGAUACAGUUUUGACGAAUUAUGAGUCCAGGGAAACUAGAUGUGAAAAAUAUUUUGUUAAUGUAAAUCAUGAAGAAUAUGAUGUGGUCAGAUUUUCUGGUCACUAUUUUACCAAACAUCUGUUACUUGAAAUUUCUUGGGUUUUACGCUCUGGGAACAGAAAAUCCAUCCUUCAAACAUGACCUUCCAUUGAAUAAUAUUUUGGUUGAUUUUAUGACUCUGACUGGGGGAAUGGGCUGUUACUCAAUACACAUUACUCCACUAUUAUUAGCACUCCACUUAUUUAUAUAAAUUAUUGACUUCAUCACUGACAUGGCCAAAUUGUUUCAUUCGUGUGUUACAACGUGGAGUAAGAGACUUUCACCAUCCCUCCUCAACCAAAAAGCAAUCCAGUUAUAUUACACACUUAUUCUUAAAAAAAGUGGCAAACACUGGAUAUUAUUCACUGCAAUAAUCUGGAAUAAGAUCUAUAUCCCUUUAAUCCCAAACUCAGACAUAUUCACACAACGCAAUGCAAAGACAAUGUGUUAAGGGGCAGAAGGAUAAAAAGAACACCCCUAUUGGAGAAUAGUUACAACAAAUGUUAUAAAUAAUCAUUUGGUAACACAAGACUUGAGCAUUACUGAAAAAAAGAUGUGUAUUAUUGAUUUUUUUUUGCCAUAUGAUCGUUCAGGAGAGAUGCUAGGCAUCGCUCCUACACACAAAAGGUGGGAGAGGUUUGGAACUC